GAAAUCCGGCUCGCCCUCCCAAUCUGGUACCACAUCCGAAAAUCGGACGCUAGAUCCUCCGCAAACUCAGUAGCUGCGAAAUGCCUACGCGACAACCACGGCGUACGGACCGUAAAGGACUGCGUCAACACGGCGAACAGGCUAUGUAGGAGAAAUGACCAAGGAAGCGACGGGGAUGGCCGCCAUACCCUGAACAAGGCAUGCCGGUGUCGAGACUGCACUACAGAUAGGGACGUGCACCACUGCUCCGACCCUAACCGGUGCGCAAAAGCGGCAAAGCGUGCUCUGGAACAACUCCUACCAACGUGGAGGCCGGGCAUCCCGGACCCUGGAGACGGACUAACACUAACAAAGAGGAGGUUAGACAGAAACAAAGAGGCGAGAUACAACCGACAGACUAUCACCUUCAACCCAUCCAUCAAGUCCGGCCCCUAUGUGGCCUCCUGCUUCCGCGUAUUCACAGAGCCGAGUGAUCCAAACGCCCCCCUGCCUCGAAGGCCUCCAAAACCGUAUCAAGUGGACGAGCAGGAAACCGAGAUAUACACAGAUGGAUCAGCAAUGUCCAACGGUGCGUCGAACGCAACAGCAGGAAGCGGACUUUGGUUUGGACCUGAUGAUCCGCGGAACAUAGCGGCACGGGUGCCAGGACCGAUACAAACAAACCAGGCGGGGGAAUUAUACGCGAUUGCGGUGGCAGCGAACGCAGUACCGCCCUUCGUGCCGAUGCAAAUUGUGACGGAC